CGUCCUCCUCCAGGCGCCUGCCCGCCCCUUUGGCCCUGGUGGUAGGAAAUACUCCUGUAUUUAACUCGACGUGUCCGGAAAGCUCUGGCCAGUUUCCCUUUCGUUCUGUGGCCGCUGUUGCCACCCGCGCGGCACCCUCAGACUCGCGGGCGCAGCUGCCACGGCUGAGGCACCUGGGGGUGGGGACCGAGCGGCGCGGCUGCCCGAGCACCAUGCUGGACCCUUCUUCCAGCGAAGAGGAGUCGGACGAGGGGCUUGAAGAAGAGACCCGCGAUGUGUUGGUGGCGGCAGGCGGAUCCCAGCGAGCGCCGCCGGCCCCGGCUCGGGAAGGGCGGCGGGACGCGCCGGGGCGCGCGGGCAGCGGCGCGGCCAGACCCAGGAGCCCGAGCCCCUCGGUUGUCAGUGAGGGGCGAGAAGAGCCCGAGCGGCAGUUGGACGAGGAGCAAGAUCGGAGGAUCCGCCUGCAGCUCUACGUCUUCGUCGUGAGAUGCAUCGCUUACCCGUUCAAUGCCAAACAGCCCACAGACAUGGCCCGGAGGCAACAGAAGCUUAACAAACAACAGUUGCAGUUACUGAAAGAACGGUUCCAGGCCUUCCUCAAUGGGGAAACCCAGAUAGUAGCUGAUGAAGCAUUUUGUAAUGCUGUUCGGAGUUACUAUGAGGUUUUUUUGAAGAGUGAUCGAGUGGCCAGAAUGGUUCAGAGUGGAGGAUGUUCUGCUAAUGACUUCAGAGAAGUGUUUAAGAAGAACAUAGAAAAACGUGUGCGAAGCCUGCCAGAAAUUGAUGGCUUAAGCAAAGAGACAGUGCUGAGCUCAUGGAUAGCCAAAUAUGAUGCCAUUUACAGGGGUGAAGAGGACUUGUGCAAACAGCCAAAUAGAAUGACCCUAAGUGCAGUGUCUGAACUUAUUCUGAGCAAGGAACAGCUCUAUGAAAUGUUUCAGCAGAUUCUGGGUAUUAAAAAACUAGAACACCAGCUCCUUUAUAAUGCAUGUCAGCUGGAUAAUGCAGAUGAACAAGCAGCCCAGAUCAGGAGAGAACUUGAUGGUCGGUUGCAAUUGGCAGAGAAAAUGGCAAAGGAAAGAAAUUUCCCCAAAUUUAUAGCAAAAGAAAUGGAGAAUAUGUAUAUAGAAGAGUUGCGGUCUUCAGUGAACUUGCUAAUGGCCAAUUUGGAAAGCCUUCCAGUUUCUAAAGGUGGUCCAGAAUUUAAACUGCAAAAGCUAAAACGUUCACAGAAUUCGGCAUUUUUGGACAUAGGAGACGAGAGUGAGAUUCAGCUCUCCAAGUCUGACGUGGUGCUGUCAUUCACCUUGGAGAUUGUCAUAAUGGAAGUGCAAGGUUUGAAGUCAGUUGCUCCCAACCGAAUUGUUUACUGCACAAUGGAAGUGGAAGGAGGAGAAAAACUGCAGACAGACCAGGCAGAAGCCUCCAGACCACAAUGGGGAACCCAAGGCGACUUCACCACUACCCAUCCUCGGCCUGUGGUCAAAAUAAAGCUCUUCACAGAAAGCACUGGAGUCCUGGCCCUUGAAGAUAAAGAACUGGGAAGGGUGAUAUUAUAUCCAACUUCUAAUAGCUCCAAGUCAGCCGAUUUGCAUCGAAUGAUAGUUCCAAAAAAUAGCCAGGAUUCUGACUUAAAAAUCAAGUUGGCAGUGCGAAUGGAUAAACCACCACAUAUGAAACAUAGUGGAUAUCUGUAUGCCCUUGGACAGAAGGUUUGGAAAAGAUGGAAAAAACGUUACUUUGUUCUUGUUCAGGUUAGCCAGUACACCUUUGCUAUGUGCAGUUACAGAGAAAAAAAGUCUGAACCACAAGAAUUAAUGCAGCUUGAAGGAUACACUGUGGAUUAUACAGAUCCCCACCCAGGCCUUCAGGGUGGUCAGAUGUUCUUUAAUGCUGUUAAAGAAGGAGACACUGUUAUAUUUGCCAGUGAUGAUGAACAGGAUAGAAUACUGUGGGUUCAAGCCAUGUACAGGGCCACAGGUCAAUCAUAUAAACCCGUUCCCGCAAUUCAAACCCAGAAGCUGAAUCCUAAAGGAGGAACUCUUCAAGCAGAUGCUCAGCUUUAUGCAGACCGUUUUCAGAAACAUGGUAUGGAUGAGUUUAUUUCUGCAAAUCCUUGCAAGCUUGAUCACGCCUUCCUUUUUAGAAUACUCCAGAGGCAGACUUUAGAUCACAGACUGAAUGAUUCCUAUUCUUGUUUGGGUUGGUUUAGCCCUGGCCAAGUCUUUGUGUUAGAUGAGUACUGUGCUCGUUAUGGGGUGAGAGGCUGUCACAGGCAUCUCUGCUACCUUACGGAACUGAUGGAACAUUCAGAAAACGGUGCUGUCAUUGACCCAACCCUGCUCCAUUACAGCUUUGCAUUCUGCGCCUCUCAUGUGCACGGCAACAGGCCUGAUGGAAUCGGAACAGUUUCAGUGGAAGAAAAAGAGAAAUUUGAGGAGAUAAAAGAGAGACUGUCUUUCCUUUUAGAAAAUCAGAUAAGCCAUUUCAGAUACUGCUUUCCCUUUGGACGGCCUGAAGGUGCUCUAAAAGCUACGCUUUCCUUACUCGAAAGGGUUUUAAUGAAAGAUAUUGCAACUCCUGUACCAGCAGAAGAGGUGAAAAAAGUGGUCAGAAAAUGUCUGGAGAAAGCUGCCUUGAUCAAUUACACUAGACUCACAGAAUAUGCCAAAAUAGAAGAGACCAUGAGCCAGGCAACUCCUGCUAGAAAGCUGGAAGAAGUUCUUCAUCUAGCAGAGCUCUGCAUAGAAGUCUUACAGCAAAAUGAAGAGCAUCAUGCAGAGGCAUUUGCCUGGUGGCCGGAUUUACUGGCAGAGCAUGCAGAGAAGUUUUGGGCUUUAUUCACAGUGGAUAUGGAUACCGCACUGGAGGCUCAGCCACAAGACUCCUGGGAUAGUUUUCCUCUUUUCCAGCUGCUUAAUAAUUUCCUCAGAAAUGACACACUUUUAUGUAAUGGAAAGUUUCACAAACACUUGCAAGAAAUCUUUGUGCCCUUGGUGGUUCGCUACGUGGAUCUCAUGGAGUCCUCCAUCGCCCAGUCAAUUCAUAGAGGUUUUGAGCAAGAGACAUGGCAGCCUGUCAAGAAUAUCGCCAACAGUCUUCCCAAUGUAGCUCUUCCAAAAGUUCCAAGUCUGCCUCUUAAUCUUCCACAGAUUCCUAGCCUUUCUACUCCCACAUGGAUGGCUUCUUUAUCUGAGUCCACCAAUGGCUCAGCAACAUCUGAAGACCUUUUUUGGAAACUUGAUGCACUGCAAAUGUUCGUCUUUGAUCUACACUGGCCAGAACAAGAAUUUGCCCACCACUUAGAGCAAAGACUCAAACUAAUGGCCAGUGAUAUGAUAGAAGCCUGUGUCAAAAGAACAAGAACUGCAUUUGAACUCAAGCUGCAAAAGGCAAACAAAACCACUGACUUGCGCAUUCCAGCUUCUGUGUGUACAAUGUUUAACGUGUUAGUUGAUGCCAAAAAGCAAAGCACCAAACUCUGUGCCCUGGAUGCAGGACAAGAGUGUUGUAGUCAAUGGCAACAGUACCAUUCAAAAAUAGAUGAUUUGAUUGACAACACUGUAAAAGAAAUUAUUUCACUGCUAGUUUCAAAGUUUGUUGCAGUGUUGGAAGGGGUGUUGUCGAAGCUGUCAAGAUAUGACGAAGGCACUUUCUUUUCAUCCAUUCUGUCAUUCACCGUGAAAGCAGCUGCAAAAUAUGUUGAUGUUCCAAAACCAGGGAUGGACCUGGCAGACACCUACAUUAUGUUUGUUCGGCAAAAUCAGGACAUCCUUCGAGAAAAGGUCAAUGAAGAAAUGUAUAUAGAAAAGCUGUUCGAUCAAUGGUACAGCAAUUCCAUGAAGGUCAUCUGUGUGUGGUUGACUGACAGAUUAGACCUUCAGCUUCAUAUCUACCAACUGAAGACACUCAUCAAGAUUGUGAAGAAAACCUACAGGGACUUCCGGUUGCAGGGUGUGUUGGAAGGCACACUGAACAGUAAGACCUAUGACACUGUGCACAGACGGUUAACAGUAGAGGAGACCACAGCCUCGGUGUCAGAAGGAGGAGGACUCCAGGGCAUCACCAUGAAAGACAGUGAUGAAGAGGAAGAGGCCUGAGAGCCUGCAGCUUUAGAGAAGGAAGACCUCGACAUUGGUUAUUUUGUACCUUGUCCUUAUAAUUUCAUUGUGUAUCCAAAUAAAAAUGCUUGUGUUUUAGUCCACAUGUUAAAAAGUAAGCCUGGAAGCAGAAAGAAAGGGGAAAAUGCCAAUUUUUGGUUGUUUGUUUUUAAGAACACUUUUUGUUUCGUGCAGCCUGACCUAAAAUGAAGUUUGGCUCUGUGAUUGGGACGUGAACUAUUUUUUAAGAGUUGACUUUUUCUGUAAUCCCAUCAAAGCAGUGUCUUGUGUGUGAAGUAUGUUUCUCAUAAUGCAAUAUUGUGAGAAGUCACUUCUGGUCACUCUACCAGUUCUACUGUGCCCUUUUUAAAGUUGCGUGUACAAGCUCUGGUUUGUAGUUAAUUUGUCAUUGUGAUGUGUGUGAAAACUUUAACCUUGAUUCUUAGUACUUGGAAUUGGUCUGCAGGUAUAUUCCUGGGCCUACAGGAUUGCCAAAGCCAAAUAUAGACUAGAUUGUCCAGUGCACUUGUGUCUUGUUCCAUUCUAAACAUUUCUUCUUUCAAGUGUAAAACAAAUCCCCGAGUGUGGGUUAGUGACUGUGCUGCCAUCAACGUACUGGUACUUUCUUCUCCUACUUGUAAGAGUUUGCAGGCAAUAAAAAUCCAUAACCACUUCUGUAUUUAUUAGACUUAUAUAGAUUAAAUGCGGCCCCAAAAAUAUCAGCAGUAUUAUAAACAUCCCAACAAUGUGGCUGUUUUUUUUUAUUGCUUUUUUUUGUCUCAUUCACAAUAGGUAAGGUAUUUACACUGUUUUGCACCUACUAGGCACAUACAUUUGUUAAAAGACUUAGGUACUAUGACAGCAUAUUUCCAUAACAAAGGUAAUGUUGACUACAUACUCACAUAUUGUGUAUUAUUUGUUAACAUUAGCAAUUAAUGAUAACUAAUAAUUAGUAAUAAUAGGAAUGCUAGUAAUGUUAACUAGCAAUUGACACAUUAACAGUUAUUUCCUCAAAGUAUUUUCUUGCAACAGUCUUGAAAGAUAAUAUUAUUAUGCUUUGUAAUUUCUCUAUGAAGUUUUAUUUUCAUAUUUUUUCCUAAAAUAUGUUGGCAUGUUGCUGCAUUCGUUCAUACAUAUGUUUAUAUGAAGUUAAUGGAAAAUAAGUGGAGUUAUCCCUGAAUUUAUGUAAACUGAAGUUCUGAAACUUUGGAAGUAAAACAGUUACUCGGAUCUUUAAAUUCAUUUCCCCAUUGAUGUUAUAAAUAGUUACUAGAUACUCAAACUAGCCUACAAAAACCUAUUUAAUCCAUAGUUAUAGUAUUGUUUUGGUUCGAUUUCUGGGUUUUAUGGAUAAGAAACCCUGUGAUACAAAUAAAAACGAAAGGAGACGUCUUCCUCUUUCCUGGGUUGGAGACUAACUCUAGGACUCUAUUUUUGAACGGCAUCUUGUCUUGGAAUGCUCUCCUCGCCGGUCUCCACCCUCAGGCUGGAUCCCAUCCUUUCUCCGUGCCCUCCCUCAGGUGCCCAACGAUGCUCUCCUAGAUGCUCCCAGCUUGCUGCUUGGUGCACAGCUCAAAUCGCUCUGUGCUUAGAAAUUACUCACCCUUGUUUUUCCUUUAAAUAAAAUGUCUAUUUCCUUGA